UAUCUUGCCACGACCUCGUUCUGUACCGCACUACAACUUUCACGAUAAACUAAAUCACCUCUGCCUCAGGACGCACAUCAAGAUCUCCCAAUGGCAACCAUCGAAACCCAGGACCUCAGACGGAUGAUCAGGCGCUUUCGAGUUCUGAUCAUGGGGAGAGCAAACGCAGGCAAAACGACUAUCCUUCAGAAGGUUUGCAACACCACCGAUCAACCAGAAAUCUACGAUACCAACGGAAAGAAGAUCGAUGCUGCCAUCGUGAAAUCAUCGAUCAAGCGUGGAAAUCACGACAUCACGAACGAGAUGGUGUUCAAAAGUAACCCUGGUUUCGUCUUCCAUGACUCGUGUGGUUUCGAAGCGGGGUCUGAAGAAGAAUUCGAGAAUAUGAAGAAAUUUAUAUCAGAACGUGCGCAUGCGACGGAAUUGGAGGAGCGGAUCCAUGCUAUUUGGUAUUGUAUCCCAAUGGACGACCCGAGUCGAACGUUCCAGCGAUCAGAAGAGAAGUUCUUCCGGGAGUGCGACAUCGGGCAUGUUCCAGUUGUCACGGUGUUCACCAAAUUCGAAGCUCUGCGUCCAUUCGCAUAUGGAGAAAUCAAGAAGCAACUAAAGGGAGUAUCGGCCGAAGAACGCUCAAAGAGGAUUGCCGAGCGCGUCGAGGAACUUUUCACUAAGACAGGCGUCUUGGAUCAGUUGUGCAACCCCGAAAACCUUGCACGCCCCAACUCCUAUGUGCGCUUGCAGAAUAUGAACCAACAGAAUACAAACUGCGACACUCUACUGGAAAGCACCACUUUCGCACUGGACGAUGAAGAAUUGCGGUCGUGCUUGGUAUCGACACAAAAAUCGAACCUGGAGCUUUGCAUCAAAUGUGCCAUUGCAACACUGGUUGAUCGUGCGCAUAAGAAAAUUGAUUACGAACACUAUCAGCAUGACAUUGCUAAGUGGUUUCCGCAUCUCAAAGUAAGAGGAAGAUUGAUUCAAUCAUUCCCUGAUAAUGGUUCUCACGGAUGGUAAAUAUCGAAGUGCUGAAAUAGUAGACAUUCUGAUAUGUUUUCCUUGAUUGUAGUUGUUUAUUGAUAAUAGCUGGUAAGAUUGUAGCUUACGAAGCUACGGAAGGACAACGC